GGUUGAUGAAUUUUAUGGUUAUCGUUACUUAGAUGGAUGUAAAGAAAAAGUUGGUAAUUUUAGAAUUGUGCCACCUGAUGCACUUAUCCCUCCUCCACCUGCUGGCCACUCAUGGGUGGUAUUCUACUUGAUAACACAGUUACCUGGCUCACCACCUGAAAGGAGAAU